ACCCGGGGGCCUGCGUGGCUGACCGGGGUUGAGUCUCACCUGCGCUGAACGGGGCAGGUAUCUCUGCUGCGGCGUCGGUCCCGCUGUGAGUUGCACCCGCCGCGGGAGCGGAAAGGACCGCGCGAGGGGACCCCAGAAGCUGGGAAAUGGACUCGGUAUCCUUUGAGGAUGUGGCUGUGAACUUCAGUCUGGAGGAGUGGGCUUUACUGGAUUCCUCACAGAAGAAACUCUACAGAGAUGUGAUGAGGGAAACCUUCUGGAACCUGGCCUCCAUAGGUAACAAAUGGGAAGAUCUUGACAUGGAAGAUCAGUACAAAAACCAGAAGAGAAAACAAAGAAGCCGUAUGUUGGAGAGAGCCUGUGAUGGGAAAAUGGUUAGUCAGUGUGGAGAAAACAUCAGCCUUAUUCCUGAUUUCAGUCUGAAGAACUCUCUUCCUGGAGGAACACGGUGUGAAUGCAGAGUGUUUAACAAAGCCUUCACGGAUCAUUCAUCCCAUAGUAGUCACACCAGCUGUCACAAAGGACAAAACUUCUCUGAGUAUCAGAGAUGUGGAGCGAAGCCAUAUAAAUGUAAUGUAUGCGGGAAAGCCUUUAGUUAUCUUCAGUGCUUUGAAAAUCAUGAAAGAACUCACUAUGGAGAGAAACCCUAUAAGUGUAAAGAAUGUGGGAAAACCUUUAUGUGGCUCAAAAUUCUUCAGAAACACAUGACCAAACAUAGUGCAGAUGCUCCUUAUAAUGGUAAGGUGUAUAUGAAAACCUUUAGUUCUUCAACUUCUCUUCAGACAGGUGAGAUAACCCACUCUGGAGAGAAGGCCUAUCAAUGUGAAAAAUGUAGUAAAACAUUCAGGCAUCCCAGCCAACUUCACGUACAUGAAAGAACUCACAGUGCAGAGAAACCAUAUGAAUGUAGGAUAUGUGGAAAGGCCUUCAAAUAUUUCAAAUCCUUAGAACCACACAGAAUGACUCACACAGCAGAAAAACCCUAUAAAUGUAAGGAAUGUGGCAGAGCAUUCAGACAUUACAGUUCCUUAGAAAUACACAAAAGGUUUCAUACUGGAGAGAAGUCCUAUGAAUGUAAACACUGUGGUAAAGCUUUUAGUUAUCACAGCUCCCUUAAAGGACACAUGAAAAUGCACACAGGAAAUACUCCAUAUCAAUGUAAGGAAUGUGGGAAAGUAUUCACUCUUAUCAGGUCCUAUCGAAAUCAUGAAAGGUACCACACUGGAGAGAAGACCUAUCAAUGUGAAAAAUGUAGCAAAGCGGAAAUACACCUUACCAAUGUAAGGAAUGUGGGAAAGCAUUCACUUGCCUUAGUUUGUUACAAAGACAUGAAAGAACUCACACUGGCGAGAAACCCUAUGAAUGUAAACAAUGUGGUAAAACCUAUAAAGAUCACAGUAACUUACAAACACACGAAAGAAAUCAUACUGGAGAGAAACCCUUUAAAUGUAAAGAAUGUAGAAAAGCCUUCAAUUGUAACAAAAACCUUCAAUUACACGUGA